AAAGACCUGAAAGUUGCCGACACCUUUUGGCCCCUUUUGCCCCGGCCCUCUCCAUGCCUAGUCCAGGCCUCAUCUUUGUCGCUCUUCUUCUUCUCGCCUUAAUUCAUGAGACCUGCAGUGCCAAAGAUAAACAUUACUGUCCACCUUCUUCUUGUGGAAAUAAUUCGAAUAUUAGCUACCCUUUCAGAUUAAACACAGAUCCGCCAUAUUACUGUGGAAUGACUGCAGAUCCAGUAUAUAAUCUAUCCUGUGAGAACAACCUUACAGUAUUGUACUCUGAUCAAUCAAGAAAAUUCUACGUGAAGGCAAUCAAUUAUGACAAUCAAACAAUUCGAGUUGCUGAUGCUAGUUUUGAAGAAGGGAGCUGCUCCAUUCCUCAAUAUUCUUGGGACGCCGAUAACUUCUCAACGUUUUCACAUUCUUAUUAUCAGGCUCCUUAUUAUCUUUAUUUUAGUUAUGAUUAUUCUAAUACAGAUUAUGUUUAUUUUUGGGAGAAUGUUCUUUUCAUAAGUUGCGGAAAUCUUGUAAGUGAUCCUCUUUAUGUGAAAGCUCCUGCCUGCAUUAAUGACAGCUCUUUCUCCACACCUUAUAGGCCUAAAUCUGAAGGCAAAAGGUAUUAUUAUGUGAAAAUUGGAAUCAGAACUCCACUUGAGUUAAAACCCUCAUGCCGUAUUGAGCUAAUGGCACUUACACCUUUCAUACGGGAGAAGAAUUACGAGAACCUCUCCUACCUGGACAUCCACCAUUGGUUAGCAUAUGGAAUUGAGUUGUCGUGGAGGGAUGCUUCAUGUGGAGAGACAGAUUCUUUCUACAUUAAUGAGGAAAACCAGUGUGUUAAUGCUUCUUAUCCUACGUAUCAUGUGAAAGUGAACCCAGUUUACGAAGUUUUCAAAAGAGCUGUAAAUCGGCUCAGUUAUCUUUUACCUGGUAAGUAUCUCUAAUCCACAUCUUGUUCAAAUAGAUUAUAUAUAUGAAGAGUAAAAUCUUAAGUAGUAUAAGAAGGGUAUAGAGUCAAUUCUAUCCAUUUUGUUUCUCUUUCUUCUCUUCCUUUGAUUCUCUAAAAAAGAGUUUGACUUUAUGGUAAUUUUAUAAAUAUUUUGAUCUUUA